AUGAAGCAGGCCGGCACGCCGUGCAUUCCAGUCUUGAUCCUCCUGUUCUUGACUCCAUUCUGCAGAUCCGAUGACCGGCUGUCACCUGCAAAGCCGCUCUCCCCCGGCGACACGAUCAUCUCCAAGGGCGGGGACUUUGCGCUCGGCUUCUUCUCCCCGGACAGCUCCAACGCGAGCCUGUACCUUGGCAUAUGGUACCACAACAUGGCCGGCCGCACCAUCGUAUGGACCACCAACCGCGACGAUCCAAUCGCCGCCGCUUCAUCUCCGACGCUCGCCAUCACCAACAGUUCCGACCUGGUGUUGUCGGACUCCCAAGGUCGCACUCCUUGGGCCGUGAAGAGCGACAUCAAGGGCAGCAUGGGAGUUACUGCGGUGCCUCUUGACACGGGGAAUUUUGUCGUCCAGUCACCAAAUGGCACGUCCAUUUGGCAGAGCUUUGAUCACCCGACGGACACACUCCUCCCAGGUAGGGCCAUGUUGAGCAAGAAGGGCCAUGUCGUGUGGCGCCUGAUUGCUUCUAAGGGCCUCAAUGACCUGUCAACUGGAGUCUUUUCUAUGAGCCUUGAUCCUAGCUCAGACCUUCACUUUUUCAUUUGGAACGGGACUAGGCCCUAUCACCGCCGCAUCUUCAACGGUGAGAUGGCGGUUGGCACAUUAUACCAGAAUACUGUCUUGUAUGAAGCCAUUAUCAGGACACGGGAUGGGUUCUACUAUGAUUUUAGAUUUUCUGGUGCCUCACAGUAUGCACAUCUUAGGCUCGACUACAUGGGUGUGUUGACUCUGAGCUUGGACAACCGCUCGUCAUGGAGAACCAUCACCGCACCCCCCGCUAGCUGCAACAUCUACGCUUCAUGUGGCCCGUUCGGAUAUUGUGACUACACGGCGGCUGUCCCGACAUGUAGUUGCCUCGAUGGGUUUGAGCCCUCUGGUCCUAAGUUUUCAAGCGGAUGUAGAAGAAUCCAAGAGCUGAAAUGCAGCAAGCAAAGUCAUUUCGUCACCUUACCUAGGAUGAUGCUCCCCGACAAUUUUUUACGUGUCCACAACAGAAGCUCUGGCGACUGCAUGACCGAGUGCGGCAACAAUUGCUUGUGUACAGCCUAUGCUUAUGCCAACUUUAGCACUAAUGAUGCUAUGGCUGACCAGUCAAGGUGCUUGGUUUGGACAGGGGACCUUAUCGACACAGGAAAGUUUAGCGAGUAUGGCGAGAACCUGUAUCUCCGGCUUGCCAACUCUCCUGGUAUGCACCAACCGAUUCUAGGCUUCUACCCUAUAUAUAUAUAG